CAUUCUAACAGGAAAAGUCUAUAUGCAAUGCCUAUCGCAGUCUUGCGAUCCAGCUUGCUAUAUACAACCAAACGGCCGACGAAAUCAACAAAUACCUGGCCGAUGAAGCCAAAUCGAAUGUCGAUCCGGCAAAUUUCUGCGACAAUCUUACGCCCGUGUUGCAAGCUUACACAAAUUAUUCGAAGGUGCGAAAUAUGGCUAAACCGGUGCACCUGGAGAUGGCCAAUCUGCAGCGCUCCUCGAUUUGCAGUCUCAGAUGUAGCGAAGAAAUCGGAAGCGUGGACGAUCCCCAGGUGGUUGUGAAGCCUCUGUGUCAGGUACUGUUGUGGGGCUACAGACAGCUUUUACUGCACCAGACAGAACAAAAGUUGACCGUAGAACAGAAAGCCGCAAAUGUCGUGAUACCACCAGCAUUGGCACCAAUUGCUAAGGUUGAAACAGGUUCAGAAAAGAAUGGAGAUCGUCUAACGGAAACUAAGGUACAAGAAUCCGCUAUCAAAUCUAUUCCAGAAACUCCUCAUGAGGACUUAGACAAUAAUAAAGAUAAAGCAGAUGAUACCAAGAAGAAAACUACUACCACCAGUAUCGUUAUGGGCCAACAGGAACCUCAAGCAGUUAAUCCGCUCGAAAACGAGACUGGCGAAGCAGCGAAGGGCCAACAGGAACCUCAAGCAGUUAACCCAAUCGAAAACGAGACUGGCGAUCCGGCGAAGGAUGACCUGGAAGAGCAGAACAAAAAAAAUAUUAAUGAAAUAGAUGGCGAUGUAAAUCUAUUAGACAGUGAAAAGGAACCAGGCAAUGAAAAGGCUGUAGGCGAUGAAAACCUGGAUGAUUCUGGUAUGAACUUCAAUAUGGAUGAUAGCGAUGAAGAUGAUCAGGAUCUGGCUGUAGAAAAAAAUAGCUCACCGGUGGUCGAGUCUAGGCAGGAAGCACCCGAACAACCAUCCGGAAAAGAGGAUGGCCGUAUCAGUCUGGAACAGGAUUCUGCAGAACGCCACCAAGAAGAUAUACGGAGCGAACAGCUCAAAGAUCCGUUCUUUGAGGAUCCAGAUUCGAACUUUUUUAGCUACUUCAUGUUUGCUAUGUUUGCCUGCGUCGUUUGCUACGUGGGCUAUCAUAACAAAUCAAAACUGCUGGCGCUGGUGCUGGAAGGGCGACGAUCCAAUGGUACCAGCCGCGGAGGUUUCUCCAAAAAUGGUCGCAAACAUACCGCAGCUUAUCGGAAGCUCGAUUCCAAUCUGGAAGAAGCUAUCACGUCAAACUCGGCCGGAAGCAAUCGAUCGACAACGCAGAUAAUCUACUAAUAUGAAUUCAAAUGUUUUUUUUUUGUGGAAAGCCGGUCACAGAUAUUCCUGAAUUAUGGUUUCCCUAUCGAUUCAAUUAUCUCUAUUAAAUUGAGUGGUUACUUACUUCAAUCCAAAUUUAAACCUCCCGUUAUUGUUUCAUGUAUUAAUUAAACAAAGGAAUGUUUAAGAAAACUUUUAGAGAUUAGUUUGAAAAAACACAAAAUCAUGAUUUUUUAUUCAUUUCAAAGCUUUGUUCAUUUUGGUGGUUGUGCUAAACAUAUAAACUUUUGCAACACAAAUAACACGCGACGUAGGUAUUUUUCAUGAAUAAGUUCCUAGCUGAACACAAAAAAGGGAAAACAUUCUAGGAGCGACAUCUCCGAAACUGAAAAAAACGUUAUUUCCCACAGAUACUCGAGCUUUUGAACAAUCAGUGUAUGUACAUAAUUCAUUGUUGAUGGAAAUCUUCUCUUUCUCGACCUGCUUAUUUUCAAUACAAAGGAUAGCAACGUGAAAUUCGGAAUUUAUAACAAACCUAUGUCAACAAAUCGAUAUAUUACAAUAGUGUCAUUGGUGUCAUGCCCUGUUAAACAUCGUGUGUUAUUUGUGUGAAAAGCUUCGCACGAACAUGUCAACAAUUCGUGCGAAAUGAAAAACUUUUAAAAGGAACCACAACACAUGGUUUUAAAACUACUGCUGGACAGAGGAACAUCCUAUUGUAUAGUUUUGUUUCCACGCGAAAGGUGCAGACAUAGAAUGCACCGGAAUCACGGAGUUUUCAUCACAUUAAACCCAUAUCGUCAAGUUCCGUUAAUAUACAAUAAGACAGAAAGGCGACCCGUUCACCCGUCAUCCGUGCAUGCUCUAGGGCCCAAAAAUCCUAUUCAUCACUCAAUUAUUCGGAUCGUUACCGAGUUCGAAGCGAUUUGGGCGUGUCUUAAGUUAUUUUUACAAGUACAAUAUGCUAGUGCUUAGCUUGAGCAAAAAAAUAAAAAAAUAAAAUAAAACUCAGCUCAGCAGCUACUUUCAUCGUUGAAAGUCGACAGUUUCUGCAUGGCGCUUUAAAAGAAUUUAAACAUUCAGAUUUGGAGCCGCGAAUGUUUUCACUUUAAUUAAAAAAAUAUUAAAAUCAAUAACAAAAAAAAA